AUGACUGUUCUCGAAGUUAUAAAGGAGGAUGCGUUGGGCUAUAGGGUUGGCAACCCGGAGGGUUACGCCGAGGCUUUGUUGUUCUAUGCGAAAUCCUGUAGUGCCGAUGGGCAUGCUGAUGUGUUGGAGCUCAUUGCCAACCUUCCGGAGAGUGACAUUGCUCGAGUUCAAGCUGAAGAUGAAAUUGAACAAGAGGAGCAGAGACAGGCUGAAAGGGAGGCAGAAGAGGCAGAGUCCUCGGGGCCGGAAUGGGAGCGAGCUUGUUUGUAG